ACGCAAAGUAACUGUUACAUUUUUGUGGCAGAUGCUGGCUUUUCCAGCAGCUGUGAUAUGAAAUUGAUUGGAUAGAAAUGUACAGAUCUGAAUGAAGUCAGCUUUACAACAUGAGAAGGCAAGAAAUGUGACUUCAUGCACGCGAAUUUACAGUAAAUAUAUUGGGGUAUAGCAUGGCUGUCACUAUGGCAACGAGCGCUGUUCCCAGCGACAAUCUCCCCACGUAUAAGCUGGUAGUGGUGGGGGAUGGGGGAGUGGGGAAGAGUGCUCUCACCAUUCAGUUCUUUCAGAAGAUCUUUGUCCCUGAUUACGACCCCACCAUCGAGGACUCCUACCUCAAACACACUGAGAUUGAUGCCCAGUGGGCCAUAUUGGACGUUCUGGAUACAGCAGGCCAAGAGGAGUUCAGUGCUAUGAGGGAACAGUACAUGAGGACUGGGGAUGGGUUCCUCAUCGUGUUCUCUGUCACAGACAAGGCCAGCUUUGAACAUGUGGACCGCUUCCAUCAACUCAUCCUCAGGGUGAAGGACCGGGAAUCCUUUCCUAUGGUUCUUGUGGCCAACAAAGUGGACCUGCUGCAUUUACGUAAAAUACCCAGUGAUCAGGGGAGGGAGAUGGCUAGUAAACACAGUAUAGCUUACAUUGAAACAAGUGCUAAGGACACAGCCAUGAAUGUUGACAAGGCGUUCCACGAGUUAGUUAGGGUAAUCAGGCAACAGAUUCCAGAGAGGAGCCAGAAGACAAAGAGGAAAACCAAGUGGCGGGCCAAGUCCCACCGACUGCACUGUGUUGUCCUAUGAUGUUUUUUACUUGUACAGCUGCUCCCUACAGGACAGCGGGAAGAUGAUUACAUUUAGGAGUGUUUACUCUCUAUACAGAGUGCCAGGAGGCAGUUUGUACCCUCUACCCUGGCACAUGAGUUAGGUAGUAGGGAGUUGCCCAGACAUGGGAUGUGACUGACGCGCCCUAAAAGGACCAGUGGAAUAAUUUACAGCUCUUCUGGGGAUGUGCACUAACUUACUCAACAACAUGGAGAUAAAGUGGCAUCACUUUAGCAUUACUGCCUUUAUCUACCAAUGAAGAUCUUUGACAGAGAAACUGGUCAUAUUGGCUCACAAAGAUAAUAUGUCAAUAAUUAGACAUACUGUAAGUUUUACUAAGAGGUAGGACUUUAAACAUUGUUUUACUAAGAGGUAUGCCUUUAAACAUUGUUUUACUAGGAGGUAGGCCUUUAAACAUUGUUUUACUAGGAGGUAGGCCUUUAAACAUUGUUUUACUAAGAGGUAGAAGUUUAAAUGUCGUUUUACCCAGAGGUAGGUCUUUAAAACUUGGUCCAUGUUUUCAUUAAGAUGGAGGCCAUUGAGUAAAGCACUGGAAAGAGGGAGGAAACAGAGAGCUUUCCCCAGCAAGGGGGAGUAUAGUAGAGAGGGGAGUGAGAGGAGGGGAGAGGAUGUGUCUGUUUGUGUUGGAAUCAGUGGGCCUGUCAGACAACAGAGAGAAGAAGGGAAAGUGAGGAAAGAGAUACAGAGAGAGAAAGAGAGAUUCCAAAUGCAUAGCAGCUGGCAAAGGGACUCCAGACAUUGUGUCAAAGCCUGGGAGGCUGCCAAUGUGUAGCCCCAUAGCUUAUACAGGGAGAAUGUCUUUAUAAUCUCUGAACAAGACUGUUAUAUAACUGCAUUGUAGCUUAUUGAACGCACCAAAUGUCUUAUUUGAAUGUACAUUUAUGAACCAAGACAAUUUUGGCUUAUCAGUGCUCACUGGAUGUAGUUGUGUACUUCUCAAAACACUUUAAACACACAAUUGUGGUGUGUGUGUGUGUUUGUGUGUGCAUGAGUGCCCUGGAUAUGUUAUGGCCUAGACGAUGAAAUCUAAUUUUCACAUUUGAAUAUUAGUUUGCUUUGCUACUAUUUAUUCACUAUUUAUUUUACAUAAGUAAUUUAUAGCUGUGUUAUCAUUAGUACAUGGCUACUCCAGAGAGCACAAAGCACAGAGCUUACCUAAGAAAUUGAAGGAAGAAAACAUUUGUAAGCAAAGUAAUAAAUGUGUGUUAAUACAUUUUGUGUUCUAUUAUAUGUUUUUUCACAUCUCGGGUAAACUGGUUUUGUCUGGAUAAAACCAUAAUUAUGAAACA